AGGAAAAAAACCGAGAGCCAGAUGGCCCACCACAAACCGUUCUUGCGCACACCCCUUGGCGUCAUACGGGAGCAGCCGGUCGUGGGAGGGCGGACGGCUCGCCUUACGACGCAGGGGGGAGAUAGAACACCGUGCAGGAAAAUAGAACGCCAUGUAUCCAUCUGAUUCCGCCCGCAGCCAAUAGCAGCGGAGGGCUUCGCGCUCUCGGCCAAUGAGCGGCCGGCUCCUGUGGGCCCGGAUUUCCUCGUCCUCCAUCCAGCUUGCGGUUGCUGGUGGAGGCAGCGGCCGGAGCUGCGCGCGUCUCCUGCUGCCGCUGCUGCCGCUGCCGGUGCGCAAGACGUGGAGGAAAAGCCCAAGGCGGCCGUGCUGGACGUUCAGCCAUGAGCACGUCCGGUUCUCUCCUGUGGGCAGUCGACAUCUUCGGCCGCGUCUACACGCUCUCCACCGCCGGCCAGUACUGGGAACUCUGUAGAGAUGGGGAGCUGGAGUUCAAGAGGGUUUCUGCCGUCAAGCAGUGCUGCUGGGGAAUUGCGUGCGACCACCAGGUCUACGUUUACAUCCACUCCAACGACGUCCCCAUCCGGUACCAGGAAGAAACCUACGAGAAUCAGCGCUGGAAUCCCGUGAUUGGCUUCUGCGAGAAGUUAUUGCCCAGUGACCGCUGGCAGUGGAGCGAUGUGAGUGGGCUGAAGCAUCAGAUGCUCGAAAGCUUUGAGUUGCCGUCGCCUCACUGGGAAUGGGAAGCUGACUGGUAUGUGGAUGAAAAUUUUGGAGGGGACCCCACAGAGAAAGGGGGCUGGACAUACGCCAUAGAUUUCCCAGCCACCUAUACCAAAGACAAGAGGUGGAAUUCCUGUGUGCGACGGAGGCGGUGGAUUCGGUAUCGGAGAUACAAGUCGCGAGAUACAUGGGCAAAGAUUCCAUCCCAACAGGAUCCCACACAGUUGCCGGAUCCUUUCAAUGAUCUUUCCGUCGGAGGAUGGGAGAUUACAGACGAGCCUGUGGGAAGGUUGUCCGUCUGGGCCGUGUCUUUGCAAGGAAAGGUCUGGUACAGGGAAGACGUCUGCCAUCACAAUCCGGAAGGUUCUUCGUGGUCUUUAAUUGCUACCCCCGGCGAAGCCGUCCAGAUCAGCUGCGGGCCGUACGACCUUCUCUGGGGAACUCUUUGGGAAGGGCAGGCGAUCGUGAGGGAAGGGAUUGACAGGAACAACCCUCAAGGAAUUUCUUGGACGAUUGUGGAGCCUCCGGUCGCAGAAAAUGGAAUCUUACAUGUGUCAGUGGGUGUGAAUGUUGUUUGGGCAGUUACCAAAGACCGAAAAGUCUGGUUCAGAAGAGGUGUGAACUCUCACAAUCCUUGCGGCACCAGCUGGAUCGAGAUGGUUGGCGAGAUGGUGAUGGUAAACGUCGGCUUGAAUGACCAGGUCUGGGGGAUCAGCUGUGAGGACAGAGCCGUUUAUUUCCGCCAAGGCAUCACCCCAAGUGAGCUGAGUGGGAAAACAUGGAAAGCGAUUGUUUGCAGCCGAGAUAGCGACCGAUCGCAGACUGGCAGCUCAACAAGUCUCCUCAGUGCUGGCUGUUUCUUCACGGAUGACAUCAAGGAACAAACCAACUCCAUAUUCCGAAGUGAUGGAGACCUCCCGUCCGAUAUCGAGGCACCUCUGGUUCUGGAAAACGUUUGCCUGCCUGGGUGUGCGGCAGGUGACAACAAGCCCCCGCAGGCACCAGAAUCGGACGCAGGCCCGGCUGUGAAUCUUGUCCCAUCCCCUCUUGACGAAGCCAAACCAGUGGCAGAUAAAGGGCUGGCGGAUGUCCCAGAAGCACCUGCCUUGGGUCCAGAGUCUCAACCUGCCGAAUUGCAGUGGACAAACAUUGACCUGAAGGAGGCCAAGAAGCCAGCUGCGGCCUCUGCAAGCGCCUCGGCUGAGGCAUCCAGCCUGUCCUCUUUUGGCACGUUGUCCGUUGGCAUAGAGGAUCAUUUGGAGGCCGACGAACAUCCGUUGUGGGCCUGGGUCUGUGGCGGAGGCUGCUUUGUGGAUUCACACAGCUCCCUCAAGUGGUUCACGGUGCAGUCAGCCUUAUCCUCUUCUGGGCAGUCCCUCUCUCUCUCCAUCACCCCCGCACAGACUGCCGUGUGGCGGAAGCAGAUCUUUCAGCAGCUCACGGAAAGGACUCGGCGGGAGGUGGAGAACUUCCGACACUACGAACAGGCUGUCGAGCAGUCUGUCUGGGUCAAGACUGGAACCUUGCAGUGGUGGAGAAGCUGGAAGCCCUACAGGUGGGUUGAUGUGCGGGUGGCCCUUGAGCAGUUCACCGGGAACGACGGCACACGGGACAGCAUCCUCUUCAUCUAUUACAUGCACUACGAGGAGAAGAAGUACAUCCAUGUGUUCCUCAAUGAAGUCACCAUCCUGGUUGAGAUCCUGAAUGAGGCCAAACAUUCCUUCGCUCUGUAUACGCCGGAAAAAACCAAGCAGCGCUGGCCCAUCCGACUAGCAGCUGCCACCGAACAGGAGAUGCACGACUGGCUGGCUCUCCUGAGCAUGUCCUGCUGCGAAAGCCGGCAGCUCCAGGGCCCCCCCUCCCAUCAGGCCAUCUGGUCCGUGACCUGCAAAGGGGACAUCUUCGCUAGUGAGCCAAGUCCUGACAUGGAGGCAGCGACACACCCAACGCCGUGUGACCAAAUGUUCUGGCGCCAGAUAGGUGGACAUCUCCGAAUGAUUGAAUGCAACAGCCGCGGCAUAGUCUGGGGCGUGGGGUACGACCACACCGCCUGGGUUUACACCGGUGGCUAUGGAGGAAGUUUCUUCUCAGGUCUAGCAAGCAGCGCAGAUAACAUUUACUCGCAGUCGGAUGUGAAGUGUGUCUACAUUUACGAGAAUCAGCGGUGGAAUCCUGUCACUGGAUACAGCAGCAGGGGCCUCCCCACGGAUCGGUAUAUGUGGAGCGAUGCCUCCGGCUUGCAGGAGUGUACAAAGACCAACACCAAGCCCCCGUCGCCACAAUGGUCUUGGGUUUCUGACUGGUACAUCGAUUUUAGCGUUUCGGGUGGCACUGAUCGGGAAGGGUGGCAAUACGCAGCUGACUUUCCAGCGUCUUAUCAUGGGCACAAGACAAUGAAGGACUUUGUGCGGCGAAGGCGCUGGGCCAGGAAAUGCAGAUACGUCACCAGUGGUCCUUGGCUGGAAGUCCCCCCAAUAGCCCUGUGGGACGUUUCCAUCAUUCCUGAAUCUCUGGCUGCUGAGAACGAGUUUGUGGCUCUUUGGGCUAUCAGCGACAAGGGAGAUGUGCUUUGUCGACUAUGCAUCACGCCCCAAAACCCAGCUGGAACAUCUUGGCUACACGUGGGAACAGAUCAGCCCUUCGUUUCGGUUUCCAUCGGAGCAUUUCACCAGGUCUGGGCCGUGGCCCGCGAUGGCUCCAUCUUCUAUCGCGGUUCAGUAUCGCCAAAGAAACCUGAAGGUGACUGCUGGUACCAUAUUCCUUCACCCCCAAAGCAGAAGAUAAAGCAAGUCUCUGUUGGACGAACCUCUGUCUUUGUUGUGGAUAAAAAUGGUAAUCUGUGGUAUCGCCAGGGAAUCACACCAAGCUACCCUCAAGGCUCCAGCUGGGACCACAUUUCAAACAACGUCCGCAAAGUGUCCGUUGGGCCUUUGGACCAGGUCUGGGUGAUAGCUGACAAAGUACAAGGGAGCCAUAGCUUGAGCUGUGGAACGGUCUGUCAUCGGACGGGAGUCCAGCCAAUGGAGCCAAAAGGCCAUUCCUGGGACUACGGCAUUGGGGGAGGAUGGGAGCACAUCACAGUAAGAGCGAACGCCAUGGAGAGCACCAAGGCUGUAGCCCAGGAAGCCUCCGCAGGGCAUCCCACUGAGCCCAACGAAACUGAAACUGGAGAGAGCGAAGGAAGAGGAGACCCUCCCCAAAACACCGUCUUGGUGGACACGGCUCAGGGCUUGGACCAGCAUGCUGUGCAAUGUUAAUGCGCUCCAUUCUCUAGAGACGUGGGUGUAGCAUUUUGCUUCCUCUCCACUCACUUCACGCACUCCCAAUUGGUGUAAAGUUUCAGUGGAUCUGUGCCUGUUUCUGAACACUUUAGUCUUGCCUGGACGGAAGAGGGAGUUGUGUAUUCGCGAAGGCUUAAGGAGUCCAAGUCUGCCUAGUUCUGUGGUUGGUUGUAGACCUUUGGUUUAUUUCAGUGGGUUUUGGGAGACUGUAAUAGAAGACACCCCCCCAUUCAACCCCCCCUUGAAACACUGAGGAGUUUGCACAGCCACAAGCCUCUGCAGAUCAGGACCCUGGAUCCGGGGAAUCAAACCCGGUCCUCUCCGAUUGCUGGGGGACUCCAGCUCCCAUCAGUCCCAGUCAACAUAGCCAAUGGUUGGUGGUGAUGGGAGCUGUAGUCUAACAACAACAUCAACAGCAGGAGCGUCCCAACUUUCCGUCCUUUAGAUGCAUUGUUCAUUAGAACUGGAUUUUUCUAAGUGAACCUUUUUUAUGUUUGUUUUUGUGGGAGGGCGUUGUUGUUGGGUCUUUUUCGUAAUUAAUUUAUUCUCUUCGUAAUAUUUAUUAUGCACAACACUGCCGAAUAGGCUACGAUGAUGCCAGAUCUUCCCAAUUAAGCUGAGCCCUUUUUUUAGGCAGCUGCUAUGAAAACUGAGACGAAUGUAAAUAGGACUUGUGAUGUCCUGGUUCCCCAUCCCCUUUCAUCAAACCUGUGAAAUGAUGAUCCCACUAAUUUCAUUGGAUCUGCUGUGUGAGGUCAAGUUAUUGACCGGUGAGAAUCCCUCUACCUUUUCGGAGGUGAUUUGCUGAAACUGAACCUCUUAGGAUUAAUCCUGUGUAACGUGCUACGGCUUUCUUCUUUUCUUUUGCAGUACCAGUUAGAUCUGCUCUAAAAUAAUAGCAAAACAAAGUUAAGUCCGCAGCACUGGUCGGCAACUGGCUGCCCUGUUUCAGUUGGCGCCCAUGAAAAAUCACCAGCACAUCUUCUAACAACUGCAAGUGGGGCAAGCACAGAUAGAAAGCACAUUGGAUGCUCCUGCA